AUGAGGCAGGUCACCUUAGUUAAUAAUCCACCAACUGAUCAAAUCAUUCUUAGUGCUAUGGUGAAUUUAAUGGACAAAAAUAAUCAACCAGUCACCUGCAGAGUUUUACUAGACACCGCAUCAACUGCCAAUUUUAUAACCGAAAGGUUAGUACGAAAACUUGGCAUAGCCACCGAAAAAUACUCAGUUCCAGUUGGUGCUCUCAAUGGACUUUCUACCAACACUAAUCAUCUCGUUACCGUAAAGCUACAAGCAACAAAUCGAAGAUAUGAAAAGGAGUUCCGGUGUUUGAGUAUACCAGAAAUCUGUGGGCUCAUUCCGACAGAAACUAUCCCGAGAGAGAUGUUCAGCAUACCAGCUCACGUCAAACUCGCUGAUCCAGAAUUUUAUAAACCAAGGCCUGUGGAUAUGUUAUUGGGUUCAGGACCGAGUCUAUCGCUUUUCACCAGUGGACAAUACCAUCUCUCUAACAAUGGUGAGCCCAACAUCAUAUUGCAGAGAACUCGACUGGGCUGGGUGGUUGGUGGCAGUGCUUCAAACAACUCCAACAAGAAACAGGUAUUUGUCACAAACCUCACAUUUGAUCUUACUAAAUUUUGGGAAAUUGAACACGGGCCGGAAAAUAAGCCAUGGUCACCUGAAGAAAAAUUAGCCGAAGAAUUUUUUAAAAAACAUUACACCAGAGAUUCCAAUGGAAGGGCAGUCGUCGCGCUCCCGUUCAAAGCUGAUUCACCUCAUCUUGGCGAAUCCAAAGAAUUAGCACUCCGACGUUUCAGAUCUCUAGAAUGUAGAUUAGAUAAAAACCCAGCUCUGAGAGAGCAAUAUCGAGCAGUAAUGAAAGAGUACCUAACGCUUAACCACAUGUCCAAGGCAUCAGACAUCGAAAUUCCAGGUUACUAUCUUCCUCAUCAUGCUGUACUCAAAGAAAGCAGUUCCACAACCAAAGAUAGAGUCGUUUUUGAUGGAUCAGCAAAGACGUCUACAGGGGUGUCCCUCAAUGAAUCGUUAUUAGUUGGACCUACGAUUCAAGAUGACAUUUUUUCUUUGAUAGUCAGGUUCAGAGCACACCAAUAUGCUCUGACUGGAGACAUUGAAAAAAUGUAUAGACAGUUUCUCAUAUGUCCUGAAGAUCGACGAUUUCAACGAGUUCUAUGGAGAGAUGAAAAGGAUCAAAUAGCGACAUAUGAACUCAACACCGUAACUUUCGGAUUGUCAGCAGCACCAUUCUUGGCCAUCAGAUGUCUACAACAAUUGGCACAAGACGAAGCAACACACUAUCCAAUUGCAUCACAAAUUCUACAACGGGAUAUGUACGUGGAUGAUCUUCUAACUGGGUUUGAUUCACUAGAAGAAGCUAUCGAAGCGCGAGAUCAAAUCACUCAACUAUUGCAGAAAGGAGGCCUCAAUUUGCGACAAUGGGCCUCAAAUGAAUCCAAACUCCUUGAAGGGUUGGCUGAAGAAGAAAUCAACAAAAAAUUACAACUUGACGGUGAUAAAACAUUGAAAACCUUGGGAAUUUUCUGGAAUUCCGAAAAUGACAGUAUAAAUUACACUGCUCGACAAAUUGAAAUCGCCAAAACAACGACAAAAAGAAAAAUUCUGUCAGAAAUUGCUGCGAUUUUUGAUCCUUUGGGUCUUCUAGGCCCAAUUAUUCUAAAGGCCAAAAAUAUUAUACAACAACUGUGGUCAGCAAAACUUGAUUGGGAUGAACCUAUACCUCUCUAUAUAUUGACUAUAUGGACUGACUUCUGUAACCAGUUGUCAUUGAUCAAUGAUUUGAAAUUUGAAAGAAAAAUUCUUAUAAAAAACUCAACCAGAAAUGAAAUCCACGGAUUUUGUGAUGCUAGUGAAACUGGUUUUGGAGCUUGCAUUUAUCUUAAAUCCAUAGAUGCAUUGGGCAAUGUAAAAAUUAAUCUAUUAUGUUCAAAAUCCCGAGUAGCUCCCUUAAAAUCUAUCAGCAUCCCACGUUUAGAACUGUGCGGUGCAUUAAUCCUAUCGAAUCUUUGCAAAUCUGUACAUUCAUCUCUCAGUAUAUCAAUUGCCAGGACAAUUCUGUGGACAGAUUCCAUGAUUGUUCUUCAUUGGAUUCAUACCCCCCCUCACACUUUAAAAACAUUCGUCCAAAAUAGAAUUUCUGAAAUUCAAUCCUUAACCCAAAAUGCUGAAUGGAAACACGUGUCAUCAGGAGAUAAUCCUGCUGAUGCCUUGUCCAGAGGACAACUGCCAAUCGAAUUUACACAAAAUGAGCUCUGGACCACUGGGCCUGUCUGGUUGACACUACCGGAAGGACAGUGGCCAGAACAACCAAUGCAAGCUCCAGUUGAUGAUCAAGAACAAAGAAAAAUUACAUGUCUGAAUUCUAUUGUUGAUUUAUCUCUAUUCGAUAAAUUUAAAUCAUUUGAUGAGUUAAUCCGAGUCUUUGUUUAUUGUUAUAGAUUUAUUACAAAAAAGCAAAAUAGACGUUGGCAAGGGUGGGUGACAUUAGCUGAAUUGAAAGAAACAGAACUCUACAUCAUCAAACUCGUUCAACAGCAGGCCCUUGGAGACGAAAUUCGAGUGCUGCAGCAACAUAGGACUGACACCAGAACUCACUCAACUCGACUAAAACAAUUGAAUCCUUUCGUCAAUGAUCAAGGAGUGCUACGCGUAGGCGGCAGAUUACAGAAUGCCAAAAUCUCCUUUGGACAACAGCAACCAAUUGUUUUACCACAAACAGGCUUCAUUACAAAAUUGAUCAUCUCCAAGUAUCAUCUCAUGCAUUGUCACUCAGGUAUCCAGAACACUCUCUAUGCCACCCGUCAAUUCUACUGGAUUUUGAAUGGAAGGAGCACCAUUCGAAAUGUGAUCAGAAAAUGCUCAAUCUGUUGUCGGGCCAAUCCUCCUCCAACCAAUUACAUCAUGGGAAAUCUGCCAGGAACUCGAGUUGCUCAAACCAUGAGGCCGUUCGUAAAUGUAGGGGUUGAUUACUGUGGACCAUUUCUGAUCAAGGAGAAGAAAUAUCGUAACAGAAGCAAAAUCAAAGUUUACGUUGCCGUAUUUAUUUGUCUUUCCGUGAAAGCUGUGCAUUUCGAACUGGUCAGUGAUCUCACCACGGCUGGGUUUCUAGCCGCCCUCGACCGAUUCAUUGCCCGUAGAGGAAAACCAGUAAUAAUAGAAUCAGACAAUGGGACAAAUUUUACUGGAGCUAACAACGAACUGAAGACCAUCAUCAGGAAAUUACAAGAACCCCAACAGGACGCUGCCAUAUCGCGGGCUCUGGCCAAACAAGGGAUUCAGUGGAAAUUUACACCUCCACUGUCUCCACACUUUGGCGGGGUCUGGGAAGCCGCAGUGAAGUCUUUCAAACAUCACUUGAUACGAGUAACCAAGAACAGUCUCUUUACGUUUGAAGAAUUGAAUACACUGAUCAUCAAAAUCGAAGGGAUUCUCAACUCACGCCCUAUUUCCUCUGUGUCGAGUGACCCAAACGACCUCCAAGCCCUUUCACCAGGACACUUUUUGAUUGGUACUCCUCUCACCAGCACCCCGGAACAUGAUCUAAGCGAUGAAAAAAUCAAUCGACUGACCAGAUGGGAAAUGAUCCAAAGGAUGAAGCAAGAUUUUUGGUCCAGAUGGAAUAAAGAAUAUCUGAAUGAGCUCAAUAUUCGAAAAAAAUGGACCACUGGAACUCAUCACAUCGUGAAAGAUUCGAUUGUCUUGCUGAAAGAAGAUAAUAUCCCGCCUAUGCAGUGGAAACUCGGACGAGCACUUACGUUACAUCCAGGAGCAGAUCACAUCGUACGAGUGGUGACCGUGAAGACAGCUAAUGGAAUCUACAAACGCAAUGUUAAAUGCCUUGCCAACGUCAACUUCUGA